GCCUGAGGGUUGCUGGCGCGCACGGAGCUUUACCCGCGGGCGCUUCCGCAAGCUUGCAGCAACCCGAAGACAUUCGUGGCUGUGAGAUCUGCUCUUAUUCUCAGAAAAAGGAUAAACCCUAUAAGGACGACUAUCUGACAAGCUCACUUCCACCCCGUUGAGUUGUUCCCCUCCCCAAGCUACCCCGGCUGCCUGGCCUGCCCUGCACGCGCUCAGCGUCACUUCCGCCCGGGCUGUGCACAGGGCAAGAUGGCGGAGGACCCGGAUGCGGUGCUGCAGCUGCCUCCUUCCUGUGCCGCUGCGGGCGGCGAGGGGUUCUCGGAGACCUCCCCAGAAACUGUCACUCCGGAGCCCCCUUCCUCUGCUGCAGUCUCGCCGGGGACAGAGGAACCUGCUGGCGACACCAAGAAGAAAAUUGACAUCCUGCUAAAGGCUGUGGGAGACACCCCUAUAAUGAAAACAAAGAAAUGGGCUGUUGAACGAACCCGAACCAUCCAAGGACUCAUCGACUUCAUCAAAAAGUUUCUUAAACUUGUAGCCUCGGAACAGUUGUUUAUUUAUGUGAAUCAGUCUUUUGCCCCUUCUCCGGAUCAGGAAGUUGGAACCCUGUAUGAAUGCUUUGGUAGUGAUGGCAAACUGGUCCUUCAUUAUUGCAAAUCUCAAGCUUGGGGAUGAGUCCUGGAGAGCAACGUGUUACAACUUGGUAUUCUCACAAAAGAAACAGCUCCAAAAUGUUCUGUUGUGGGAAGAGAAUUCAUGGAUAUCAGCUCUUCAGCAUGUAUCUACUAUGACUCAUAUUUAUCCCUAAGUAAACACCUCUAGAGUGAAUGGACUCACAAAUUUGUUAAUAUGAAAAUCAUCAUAAAGAUUGAUAUUAGAGACGCCCAUUGCUCCUUCCAAAUUGCUGUUUCAGAUCUGUCCAAGGCUAAAGGGGAGACUAGAGCUGUUGUCAAGAUGACUGAAAUGUUUGCUUGUAGAAUUGGCACUCUGCUGAUUUUUUCCCAUGGUAAAGUUAAUUUACUAAAGAUUUUGUUAUUUUGAGGGGUUAACUUAUUCAGAGAACCUGGGGUAUGGGAUGUUUGUAUUUUUAUCUGCCAUGUUACCAAGUUACUUGUCCUAUUAGCUGCAUACCGCACACGGUCCAGCAGAGGGCAGCACAGACAGGAGAAAGGGCUGCUCAGGCGCAUUUCCUGCUCACAUGUAAUCAGAACAGCAAGCAUGUGGACAGACGGGAAGACCUUUGGAGGAUACGCAUAGUUUACAUUUAGUUAGGUUGAAAAGCAAAUAAUUUGCAAAUUCAGGGACAAUGAGUCUAUGGGUCUUUUCAGUCCUGUCAUUUGAGAUUUUUGAGUCCCAAGGGGCAGAGAAUGUGAUGCACACUUGUAAUCCCGGUAUUCUCGGGGUAACACAGGAGGAUCAGGAAUUGAAGGUCAGACAUGGCUGCAGGAGCUUGACCAAAAUACAAGGAUUCUUGAACACCUUCCACCCUGUGGUAGUACUGUCACUUACUUAUACUCUACUAUGUCACACGAUUCACUGAAUAAACUUGACAUUAUUGAACAUUGA